GAGAGCUCGAGGCGCAAUGGAAACCCCGAGCGUGCCCAGCACCGACGCAGCCAUCGCUGCGCUCAAGCUGCUCCUAAACUUCACGCAGGACCCCGCCAACGUCUCCGAGGUCCAGGAAAGUUUCAGAGACGACCUCGGCUUGACCGGUUUCCACGUCACGGAAGCCCCGGUGUCUUCUGUCGCUAGUACGCUCGGGACUGCGUUGACACCCGCGGGGCUGCUGUCGGGUCCCUUCGCGCUGACGGAGGGACCCGCGCGCCUGAGCGUGCAGUUCUGGGACUCGCCGCUGAGCCACGGCAUUAACGUGUUCGUGGGAUUCGUGCUGUGUUUCACCAUGCUGGGCCUCGGGUGCACGGUGGAGGUCACCCAGCUGGGCGCCCACAUCCGCAGGCCCGUGGGCGUGCUGCUGGCCGCGAUCUGCCAGUUCGUCAUCAUGCCCUUGCUCGCGUUUCUGCACGCGCUGGCCUUCUCUCUCGACGACGUGGCUGCUAUAGCGGUGCUGCUGUGCGGGUGCUGUCCCGGGGGAAAUCUGUCUAACAUUAUGUCACUUCUAGUCAACGGCGACAUGAACCUCAGUGUUAUUAUGACCAUCUCCUCGACCCUCCUGGCGCUCGUGUUCAUGCCGCUGUGCCUGUGGGUUUAUAGUCGCGCGUGGAUCAACACGCCAGUGGUGGACCUGCUGCCGUUCGGCGCGAUCACCCUCACGCUCCUCGGCACGCUCAUUCCCAUCGGCGUCGGAGUGGCUCUUAGGUACCGAUACUCCCGCGCGGCGGACGCCGUCCUGAAGGUGUCGCUGUGGUCUCUGCUCGUCACGCUGGUGAUGUUGUUCAUUAUGACGAGCACCAUGCUGGGGCCCGAGCUGCUGGCCACCAUCCCCGCCUCCGUCUACCUGGUGGCCGUGUUCAUGCCGAUGGCGGGAUACGCCGCCGGCUACGGCGUGGCCAAGCUCUUCGACCUGGAACCCUCGAGCUGCCGUGCCGUCUCCAUGGAGACGGGCUGCCAGAACGUGCAGUUGUGCACGGCCAUCCUAAACCUUGCCUUCCCGCCGCAGCUCGUGGGCGGAAUGCACAUGCUCCCGCUGCUGUACGCGCUCUUCCAGUCGGCCGAGGCCGGAAUCUUCAUCCUCGCCUACCGCACCUACCGGCGGGAGGUGCUGCACAAGCAGGAGCCAUCCACAGGUUCCGACCACGACACCAACAUCACGUACAAGACGCUGGGGGAGGAGGAUGCACCGCUUGAUACAGCGUACGGAGCCACAGCCUCGCUUGAACCCGAUGCCAUCGCCAUGGAGACACGCGAGGCGGAGGGAAGCCCCAUGCCUGUGUAGGAGCCAGUCUGUGAGAUGACAGCCCCACGUUCCACAUCUGCUAAUUAUGACAUCACAAAGUACUUAAGCAUCACCACCAGCAACCAGCAGCAAAUAAAGUUUCAGUACAUUUUC